AUGAUUACAGAGACAUGGUUAAACCCUGAGAUAACCGACUGUGAGAUCAAGUUACCCGGUAUGUCGCUGCUUCGGACCGAUAGAACCGGAAUGGGUGGCGGUGUGAUUCUUUACUAUAAUACAAGCCUCCGAUGUGAAGUUAUCGAUCACCCAGAAAUCCGAGCUCCCGAUUCGCUUUGGUGCCGCCUUUGGUUGCGAAACAAGGACACAUGUCUACUAGCCGUGGUUUAUCGCCCGCCAAACUCAACGUCGGAAAUGGACUCCAAACUGUACCACGUUUUUCAGUUUGCUUUGAACAAGUCCUACACCCACAUUCUUAUCGCGGGAGACUUUAACGUGCACGACAUAGAAACGCCGGCAACUGACGGUACGCAGUUUAAAGCUUGUUUGCAAGAACUUAUUGCUAUCCACCCUCUUUACAACCACGUAACCUCUCCCACCAGAUUUCGAACUUCUAACAAGCCGUCGAUACUAGAUCUUGUGCUAACUAACGAAGAACUCAUGGUUGGCGGGAUAGUUACAAGCACACCACUGGGUCGUAGUGAUCAUGUCACUCUACUCUUUGAUUAUAUAUGCUAUGCCGAGUACCCGGAAAAGGAGGAGGAUAAAGUGCACACUGUCACGCACUACAAUGUGUUGUCCAAGCUUGUUAAGGAUACAUCUUGGACUUUCUUAUUCGAAUGCCCCCCAGAUUUGGCCUGGGAAAUGUUUACAAGGACUUUGAGCACACUGGUAGCGCAAGCAUCGGAACAGAAGUCCUUCCAACCCAAAAACCAGAGUAAGUCAAUUCUGAGGAGCAGAACACGUAAAUGUAUGUCCCGGAGGGAUUUGGCAUGGCGAAAUCACCAGGGUUGCCCGAAUGCCGAAACCUGGACUGCAUACGUGACACAUCGUAACUUCUGUGUGAAACUGAUCCGCGAGGACAAGGUCACGCAUCAGCAGAAGUUAAUGAAGCGAUUCUGCACUAACCACAAACUCCUGUAUAGGCACAUUAACGGCCUUCGAAAGGUAAAGCGAGGGGUUCCGGCGCUAGUCACAGCUGAUGGAUACACGCGGUCAGCAAUGGAAGCAGCUGAUAUCCUACGGCUUCAUUACUCUCAAACGUUCCAACAAGUGUCGAGCCCAAACAUUCACCUCAUUUCUAAUACUCCACCGUUUGGUUUAGAAAACAUCACCUUCACUACGGAGGCUGUGUUGAAGAAAUUGUUAUCCUUGCGUAUCCACAGUUCUCCCGGAGCUGAUAACAUCCGUCCAAAGGCUCUAAAGGCAGUAGCUAGUGAUCUAGCAGAACCACUAACUGUUUUCUAUCAGCGAUGUCUAGAGGAAAACCUUAUUCCACCAGUAUGGAAGCAAGGGGUCAUCACUCCUAUCCAUAAAGGAGGUAGCCGCACUGAUCCUGCGAACUACCGUCCAAUAACAUUACUUCCCGUACUAUCCAAAGUGAUGGAAUCAAUCGUCGCAGACGCGCUGAUGCAAUACCUGGAAAGCCACAAUUUAAUAGCCCCAGAGCAACAUGGCUUUCGUCAAAAGCAUUCGUGUAAUACUAACCUAUUAAUUGCACGUAAUAGCUGGACUGAAGCUGUUGAUGAUGGAGUUGGAGUCGAUGUCAUCUACCUGGACUUUCCAAAGCGUUUGAUC